AUGUUGUUGUCCGACAUGGAGCUUGGCACGGUUCGUCAGGGGGUUAGCAUCUUAGAGAACAUUUGGAACAACCUUGAGAAGAAGAUCUAUCAUCGCAAACAACAAGCAAAGCGUCUACGCCAGGAUGAUGACUUCGACUCUCAUUCUUCGGCAAAGCACAACGCUACCACCGCGACGAUCACGACGACGAUCCUGACGACUACCCUCGUUGAUCCAGUCAUCACAACGCUCGCGACGGCGGCCGUGGGCACUCGCACGGCAAGCAAUAUGGUGAUGGCGGCCGUGGGCGCUCCCAAGGCCAGAGUCGCGAUGUUAGCCCUGGGCAAUCGCAAGGCAACGGUCGAUAUCCAAGACUCUCGCAAGACCGCCAGCACGACCAACCCACGCGCGGUUCCAGCCCUGGUGCAGCGGCCCGCGCUCUCCGUCAGGAGGCCUACGCUGCCUACGAUGAGGCAAGUGCAAUGCAUGCGCGUGCCCGCACCGCUACAAAGGACACUAGUUAGAAUCCAUGACGCUGAUCGUUCGUCUACUUUCCCGAUCAACCCUGUCCCCAAGUUACCACCACCAGGGAAGUCGGUCGAGUUUGUUACUGACGACACUGACACGUGCGCCGUGGUGGCUACUGCACCUUCCAACACCCCACAAACCUCGUUCCUCAAGCCGGCCCCUACCCCGCCUCCGUCGAAGUACUUUGAUGACCUCGCAAUACGCGUGAACACUGCUGGCGUCGAGUUCAUGUCUCUCACCAUUUCGGUUCGCCCCUAA